AUGCAAAUCCUGGUUCAGAGAGGUGCUGAGAGAAAAAUAGCCCUUGCAUCAGAAGGAUAUGCUUUGAUCUUCAAUGCGGUAGAAAAUGAAGAGGAUCGCAGUAAACCGUUAUGUGCAAUAGAGCUAUUACCCAAGACGCGAAUUGGAUCCUCAUACCAGCGGAUGACAUCUCACGAGGUUCACGGCUUCAUUGGUCUUAUAGAGCUGGAAGGAAUGAUUUUCAUUUGUACCAUAACCGGGAAAACCAAAGUGGCCCAACCGGUGCCGAAGGAAACUGUCAAUAAAAUUUUUGCAGUAGACUUCUUUUGCUUGAACGAUCCGCGCUGGGAUUUCGUGGAGCUAGACUCAAAUGGAUACCCGGUGACCAACGAAGAUGAAUACAGGGGUAAUGGCAGUUCGACCUCUGGCUCCCUGGGAGACCAAUCUCCUUCGGUUCCCGGUCAUCCUUGUCAUGAAUUGCGUAAGCUCCUGUCCAAUGGCUCUUUUUACUACAGUUCAAACUUCGAUCUUACUUCGAUACUGCAAAAAAGAGGAAUGGGCGCACAUUCGCUCAGUUUUGACAACUAUCAAGAAGAAUACAUGUGGAACUCGUUUCUAAUGCAAGAGACCAUUACUUUCAGAAAUCACUUGGAUGAUGCGUCAAGACGUAUCCUCGACGAUGAAGGCUUCCUUACAACAGUGAUCCGUGGUUUCGCUGAAACUUUUGUUACUUACAUCAAACAGCUCAAAGUGUCCCUCACAGUAAUAUCUAAACAAAGUUGGAAAAGAGCAGGCACUCGUUACAAUGCGCGUGGUGUUGAUGACGAAGCGAAUGUCGCGAACUUUGUCGAGACAGAGCUCAUAAUGUAUUCUCGCGAAUACUGCUAUUCCUUCACGCAAAUCAGAGGUAGUAUCCCAAUCUUUUGGGAGCAAGACACCGCUUUGAUAAACCCUAAGGUCCAGAUAACCAGAUCUCUGGAAGCGACGCAGUCGAUCUUUGACGAUCACUUUACUCGCUUGGUAGACAAGUAUGGUCCCGUACAUGUAGUGAACUUGCUUUCGACCAAAUCGAAUGAAAUUGAGCUUUCUAGGCGGUACAAAGAGCAUGUCGCGAGGUCUAAAAGUCAUAAGCUGAAUAAAGAUGUCUUCUUCACUGAGUUCGAUUUCCACAGAGAAACUGCUCAAGAGGGCUUCGCCGCUGCGGCUCGGAUCAAACCGCUAGUAACUCAGUUUUUGCUUGAGAGUGGUUAUUUUUCAUAUGAUGUCCGGGAACACAAAGUUUUAUCCGAACAGCACGGUAUUUUCAGAACUAACUGUCUCGACUGCUUAGACAGAACAAAUCUAGUUCAGCAAUUUCUUUCCCGAUAUGCAUUUGCCUUAUUUCUCAAUGAUUUCCAUUUAAUGUCAACAACACAGGGAACUGCGUUCACGGACAGUGAUCUCUUCAUUAAACAUAACACUUUGUGGGCCGAUCAUGGUGACCAAGUCUCCCAGAUUUACACAGGUACUAACGCACUAAAGUCGUCUUUUUCUCGAAAGGGAAAAAUGUCAUUCGCAGGUGUGCUUUCGGACGCCACGAAAUCCGUCAGUCGCUUGUACAUCAACAACUUCAUGGAUAAAAACAAACAGGUCAAUAUAGAUACAUUGCUGGGUAGGCUAUCGAGUCAGCGUGCUGUCGCACUGUUUGAUCCUAUUAACGAAUACGUUACAACUCAACUCAACAAAGCCCGCGAUCAAUUCACGACCUCCUCGAGUAUCAACAUUUUUGUCGGAACUUAUAACGUAAACGGUCUAACACGGAAAGUUGAUGUAUCCAAAUGGCUUUUUCCGAUUGGUGAUAAGUUUAAACCGGACGUUGUAGUUUUGGGCAUGCAAGAAAUUAUAGAGUUGAGCGCUGGAUCAAUUUUAAAUGCUGAUUACUCAAAAAGUUCCUUCUGGCAAAAUAUUGUGAAUGAUUGCCUAAACCAAUACAAUGACAAGUAUCUGCUGUUGAGAGCGGAGCAGAUGUCCUCGCUGCUCAUUCUUUUCUUUGUGAAGUCCGACAAGGUAAACAACGUUAAAGGGGUUGAGGGUGCGUCGAAGAAAACCGGACUAGGAGGUAUGACCGGUAACAAAGGCGCUGUUUCCAUCAGGUUCUCUUAUGGCAGCACUUCAUUUUGCUUCGUUAACACUCAUUUGGCUGCAGGCUCUAAUAAUGUAGAUGAGAGGAGAAACGACUAUGAUAGCAUUAACAAAGGCAUAAACUUCACUCGCUCAAGACAAAUUCCCGACCAUGAUGCCAUAUUCUGGCAUGGAGAUAUGAACUACAGAGUGGCGCUACCGAAUGAGGAGGUUCGCCGGGAGCUGGAUGCUGCCUCGGGCAAUAAUUUCCCCGAUAAUUUACUCCUUCACGAUCAACUGACUCAAGAAAUAAACGCAGGCGUCGUAUUCAAGGGUUUCAAGGAGCCAACAGUCAAGUUCCCCCCUACUUACAAGUACGAUCAUGGUACAAACAAUUACGAUACAUCAGAGAAAGCAAGAACACCCUCCUGGACUGACAGAAUCAUAUACAAAGGUGAUAAUCUUCGUCCUUUGGCAUAUUCCGAUGCCCAGCUUUUGGCCAGUGACCAUAAGCCUGUUUAUGCAGCUUAUCGGGCACAAGUUAACUUUGUUGACGAACAAAUUAAAGGUGAUCUGACUAAAAAGCUUUACCUAGAGUAUAAGCAAGCACAUCCUGAAACCUCUGGGAGCAUUAGUGCGGCGCUAGUUGAUACUGAGUACGAAGAGAGAAAUCGUACUACAAGAACAACGGAGCCAAGCUCGAACGACUGGUCCGCCGUGAACUUGUUGGAUCUCAACAAUGAAAACAAAGGGCAGUUCAAAUCGACCUCUCCCACACCAUCAACCUCCUCGUCUUCAGACCUCACUUCUGUCCAAUCUGUGCCGUUGCAACCCGUUAGAAAGGAGCUACCUGUUUCGUCGCUAUCUUCGGCAUCGUUGGGCAGGGCGCGAAUCCCUCCACCACCGCCGCCUGCCCCACGGACGCAUUCUUCACAGUCAGCCCAGACAUCAAACACGCUUACUUCUGAUAGAAAACUGCUGAACCGGGCUCCGAAUAUAGCAAGGUCCACUUCUAUUGUCCCUCCUCCUCCACCCUCGAGAAAAACAGUUUUCCCUCCGGGCUACAGCGCCUCAAUUCUCACUCCUAAAAGCCCUAGCGCUCAGAGUUCGAGAGUGACAUCGCCAGCACCCUCUUCGUCUGCUGUAUCGUCCUCAUCAGCCUCUGACGAGAACAAGGUAAACCCAGAUUUAGAGCCCGUGGUGGCAUCCGAGCAGCUCAAGAAGGUAGACAAAGAUGCCGAAGCGGGGGCUAAAAUCCCUCCACCACGUCCUGUCAAGAAGCCGUCUCUGGAUAAUCUAGCGAUGGAUUCGUGGAAACCUCUAACGCCUAAAUGA